AUGAAUAAUUGUCAAGCUAGUGAACAGAAAGUACUCGCCAAUAGUGAGCACGAACAGCUGACGAAUGGAUCAAUAUGUGUCAAUCCAAAGAAAUAUAUUAUACAUUUCCUGCCUGGACAUACAUAUAUGCAAACAAUAACAUUAUUUAACAUGACUGAUUUGCCACAAGUCAUUAAAAUAAAACCUUUGGAAUGUAAAAUAUUCAAAUUCCCCUAUCUAACUACCGUGUCUAUUCUUCCCAAUAAAUCUUGGAAUUUACAGUUUACUUUCAUGACUUAUUUGAAUCAAGAGUUUAAAAGUUAUUUACAUUUAGAAAAUCCUACUGGACAAGGAGACUUGGCUAUAGAACUAAGGGCUAUUCCAAAAAUGGAUUUUUGUUUACCGAAGACCAUUGAUUUUGGAAACGUAAAUAUAGGAAUGAGCGUUACGAGGAAGUUGAGUUUGGCUCCUAAAUCAAAACCUUAUCAGUUUCGCAUAUUUAUCCCGAACGGUUUAGAGAGCUUAUGUGUAAAUCCAACUUGUGGUGAAGUAUUUUGUGAUUAUCCAACAAACGUCACAGUCGUUUACACGCCUCAAUCGUAUAUUACUUUGUGUAUUGAUUUAGUACUGUACCUCACGGGAUUUAAUCAAAAACCACAAGUUAUUACUUUGACGGCCGUUACAAAACCCAAGCCUUCCUGCAUCCCAAGUAUAAAAACGGAUAUAACAAUUAAAAAAAAAAACCAUUUGCAUUUAUUUCAUAAGACACGUCAUUCAGAUAAGACAGAAAAGGAUAUCAUGGUCUUUAACCGACUGACACUGAAUAAAAUGUUGAAGGCUAAACCCCUCGUUUUGGCCGACGACUCUUAUAAAUGGCUCAAUCCUCUUGGUGAGUUGGAUAAAAUGUAUCGAGAUACGUACAUACAGAAUUACAACGAUUUUAUGGUAAAUGUAAAACGUUUCAGAGAUGAACAUAAGAAAGAUUACUUUGAGGUAUCUCGAAAUGAACUAAACAGCAACGAAGAACAGCAAAAAUCUGUUUACGACAAGCGAAUAACUGAAUGGAACACUUAUAAGGCAAAAUUGUAUUCAUAUGAAGCCAUGUCCCUUGAUGAUAGAUUUGAACCAUUAGGACUUCGUGAAAGAAGCAUUCGAACAAAUCUUAUUGAUAUAAGUGAAUUCGAUUUUGAUCCAAUUCCCGAUGAUAACUGGUGUAUACGAUUUCAAAUAUACAACAAAUUCAUCAACGCAGUCAAAAUAGUUAUUGUCAAAAAUCGUUUAGAAAAGAGACUAAAUCUUUUCAAAACAUUAAUAGCUAAUGACAUAAUAAAUAUGUUGUGA